UGAUGGAUUCUUCCACGUGUCGAGUAUUGACCGAAUCUGGCACGCGCUAUCCACACUCCCACCUUCACCCAUUGCCACUCACGUUUUUUGUUUUCUCCUUCUCGUGCAAAGGCAAAGCCGCAGCUGCCGAGGAACACAGGCAGGCAGGAACCAAAAAAGCUUCUCAGCACCGCAAGUAGGUUUGAACUUUGUGUAUUUGUGGUUGAGUAUCAGCGAAUAGAUGACGGCUUCUAUAGUUACGAAUCACAAGGCUAUUCCACGCCAUGCUAUCCACACAGCUGAUGUUUCGGAAUUGGGAUUAUGUACCCUGGGGGGGAAGUUUGCAUAUCUGCCUUGCAGACUUAAUGUAAGACAGUCAGCGCAAAUGGUUCAAUUAUUAGCAAAAUUCAGGAACACCCUCGCUCGAAAGACAACAGCUUUUGCUAUUCCAAAUGAAAACAAUGAAGUUGAAAGAAGUGGUUCGCAUGCUUGUUCCGAUGAUCAAGUGCUCAUGCCUUUGGAAAAUUACAAUAGUUCCGGUCAUCUGGAAGGGGAAGCUGUUGAUUCUCUUUCAAAGUCAGAAGCAGGAUUUUUUCAGAGGGUUGAGCACUUGGGAAACCAGGCAAGGGUUCUUGACAAAUUGAGGGCUGUAUAUUUACAUGUGUUAGCAUCGGAACAAUGGAAUGCUUCUAGCCUGAAGCUAUCUCACAAAAAUUACAUGGAGAGUGCAACAAACUUAAUCCAUUAUCUGGCUUUGAAAUCUCUUGACACUGAAGCACUCAAAGAUGAUCUUGCUUUGAUCAGUCUGUUGAAUUUGGAGAUGGUCAAUUCAUCUGUCCUAGCAAGUCUAACCACAGGCAUCCAACUGUUAGAAAACCUACAAUUAAAUUCUGUAAGGGCUAUUGGGAAUGUUAGUGCUGAAAUUUGCAUGCAGGAAAAAUUAGAUCAGCAAAAUAAAGGGAAUUUCAUGAUAAAUGCAAUGAAGAAGAAGGCAUUUUUAAAUAGAGAGUUAUUAUUGGGACCACUUCAAGAUAGCAGACUUACUCAUAUCAUGACAACAGUUGGCGAAGAGGCUCUUGAGAGUGAAACACUAAUAACCAAUCUUAUAAAGGCUGGGACUUCUAUUAUUCGAAUCAAUUGUGCACAUGGAAACCCGCAACUUUGGAGUGAGAUAAUCAGAAGGGUAAAACAAAGUUCUCAAAUGCUGGAGUCACCAUGUCGAAUUCUUAUGGAUUUAGCCGGACCAAAACUUCGUACAGAUAAUCUAAAGCCUGGUCCAUGUGUGGUAAAAAUAUCUCCAAAGAAAAAUGCUUCUGGAAAUGUGAUUUUUCCUGCACAAGUUUGGCUUUCUCACAAAGGAGCCGGCCCGCCUCCUCCUCAUCUUUCUCCUGAUGCAGUUCUGUUCAUAGAUGACCAAGAAUUUCUCACUGAGGUCAAAGUAGGUGAUACCUUGAGGUUCUUUGAUGCUAGAGGUAAGAAAAGGAUGCUAAAGAUCUCCAGAGUCUUUCACAUUUUUUCAGGUACUGGUUUUAUGGCUGAGUGUACUAGGACUGCUUAUGUUAGUUCUGGAACCGAAUUACUUAUUAAGAGGAAGAAAGGUAGGUUCCUUGUUGGACAAGUGGUAGAUGUCCCUGCUAGAGAGUCAUUUAUCAGACUAAGAGUUGGAGACUUGCUAAUUAUAUUGCGGGAUGGUAAGUCUGACCAGGAUAACUCCUAUGGGCACACAAGUCGUGCUUAUAGAAUAGCAUGUUCAUCAGGCUAUCUGUUUGAUGCAGUCAAACCUGGAGAGCGCAUAGCUUUUGAUGAUGGAAAGAUUUGGGGAGUCAUCAAGGGAACUAGUAGUUCAGAGAUUGUUGUCUCGAUUACUCAUGCUGGCCCAAGAGGGACUAAACUUGGAUCACAGAAAUCCAUCAACAUUCCAGACAGCAAUAUUCGGUAUGAAGGUCUGACUUCAAAGGAUCUGGUGGAUCUCGAAUUUGUUGCUUCCCAUGCAGACAUGGUGGGUGUUUCAUUUGUUCGAGAUACUCGUGAUGUUAUUGUACUUCGCCAAGAACUGGAGAAAAGGAAACUUCAGAACUUGGGGAUUGUUUUGAAAAUUGAAACAAAAAGUGGGUUUGAGAAAUUGCCCCUGUUGCUCUUGGAGGCAAUGAAGUCUUCAAAUCCUUUAGGGGUUAUGAUUGCCAGAGGAGAUCUUGCAGUAGAGUGUGGCUGGGAAAGAUUGGCUGAUAUACAAGAGGAAAUAUUGUCUGUUUCUGGCACUGCUCACAUACCGGUUAUUUGGGCAACUCAGGUCCUGGAAUCACUUGUCAAAUCUGGUAUUCCUACCAGAGCUGAGAUUACUGAUGUUGCAAAUGGAAGGAGGGCAAGCUGCAUUAUGUUGAAUAAAGGGAGACACAUUGUACAAGCUGUUUCAACUCUAGACAGCAUCCUCCGGGCUAACUCCAAGGAGAUGAAAGCCGAACGGAAGCCUCUUGUUCUGUCCAGCCAUCUCUUUUAGGGAAGCCCGGUUUCUUGCAUUUAGUGGAAUACUGUCAUUCUGUAUGGUUAGCAGCAGCACGUAUCUAAUUUGGGACAACAGAGAGUUCUGUUUGGCCGUCAAGAAAUCUGAGGAUUAAUAUCUUAGGCUAUGUCAAUAUUGAUAGCUUCCAUAGCACAAUAGUGAGACACCCUUUUUGCAAUUUCUCGGUAAUGGAUAUGUCGUCUGCUUCAAUGACAUGCAACUGUCUAAAAUCGCCUGAAACAGGUAUUGUACAGUUUAUAUCAUCGAACAGUAUUUUCUCCAAAAGAAAUUCUAAAGGAAUGGUAAGAUUUUGCUAGAAGAAAUAUGUGCCCUCACCAGCGGCAAAGUGGUGCAUGAUCGCUGUUUUGCCAUGUAAUUACCCAGUUUGACUGUGAUUUAUUGUUGAAUCAACAAAAUUCUCAUGGCUUUCGUUUUCUUUAA